UCGAAAAAACGGCAGCCACCGCAACAAUUUCAGACACAUGUACAGAUGGUGCUACAUGUGAUAUCUGUACCACUACAUAUGAUACUGAUGUGGCCGUGACUGAUGCUAAUAAAUGCACUGUAGCAGAUACAUAUGUAACAUGCUUAAAUGGUGUAAAUGAUGCCUGUGGUACUACUACACUGGCUGAGACCAAAACUGCAGCUGCAACAAACAAGGAGGAAUUUUGUACUACUGGCUGUAAUCAAUGUAAAUCUACAUAUGAGGCCAGUACAAAAUCAUGCACAGAUGCAACGACCUACGACACUUGUGCUAAAACUACAUGCAGUUCAGAAAUAAUGUCAGAAGCUUCAUCUGCGGUAACGACCACAUGUACUGACGGCGGUACAUGUGAUGACUGUUCCAAUACAUAUGAUACUGAUGUGGCCGUGGCUGAUGCUAAUAAAUGCACUGUAGCAGAUACAUAUGUAACAUGCUUAAUUGGUGUAAAUGAUGCCUGUGGUACUACUACACUGGCUGACACCAAAACUGCAGCUGCAGCAAACAAGGAGGGAUUUUGUACCACUGGCUGUAAUCAAUGUAAAUCUACAUAUGAUGCCAGUACAAAAUCAUGCACGGAUGCAACGACCUACGACACUUGUGCUAAAACUACAUGCAGUUCAGAAAUAAUGUCAGAAGCUUCCACUGCGGUAACGACCAAAUGUACUGAUGGCGGUACAUGUAAUGACUGUUCCAAUACAUAUGAUACUGAUGUGGCCGUGACUGAUGCUAAUAAAUGCACUGUAGCUGAGGCAUAUGUAACAUGUUUAAAUGGUGUAAAUGAUGCCUGUGGUACUACUACACUGGUUGACACUAAAACUGCAGCUGCCACAAAGAAGGAGGAAUUUUGUACCACUGGCUGUAAUGAAUGUAAAUCUACAUAUGAUGCCAGUGCAAAAUCAUGCACGGAUGCAACGACCUACGACACUUGUGCUAAAACUACAUGCAAUUCAGGAAAAAUGUCAGAAGCUUCUGCUACGGUAACGACCACAUGUACUGGCGGCGGUACAUGUGAUGGCUGUUCCACUACAUAUGAUACUGAUAUGGCCGAAGCUAAUGCUAAUAAUUGCACUGUAGCACAGAAAUAUGUAACAUGUUUAAAUGGUGUAAAUGAUGACUGUGGUACUGGUGAUACCGUUACUGCACUUGUAGAAGUGAAACAGGAAGCUGCAGCACUGACAACAGAAUUUUGUCCUACUGAUUGUGACAAUUGUAAAGCUACAUAUGAUGAAAGUAUAAAAACAUGCACUGUAGCUGAGGCAUAUGUAACAUGUUUAAAUGGUGUAAAUGAUGACUGUGGUACUACUACACUGGCUGACGCCAAAACUACAGCUGCCACAAAGAAGACAGAAAUUUGUAAUUCCGCUGGCAGUUUAACUGUUUCUGUGAUUUUAACUUCAUUGAUGAUGGCUGUCGUUUCUUUAGUUCGAGUAUAAAUUUCAUAAAUUCCAACACAGUUUUUUAUACAUUUCCAACAAUGUCAAUACUAUAGCUUUAAAUAAUAAUAAUUAUGUCGAUUUUUAAAAUCAAGGGUAAUGUUUUAUGCCAGCAGUGUAAAACUUAUAUUGUAGAUUUAAGAUCUUCGUGUUUACGUAUAGAGAAAAAGAUCUCAAAUCUACAAUAGAAGGUCUACGUGUAGAUAAGAGGAUCUUAAAUCUACAAUAGAAGUUCUACGUGUAAGUGUAGAGAA